AUGUCUUCCUCCGCUGCGGUUAAUGUAUGUGGCUCCAUAUCCCCGAUCCACCGUCGCCUCCACGCACCCGCAACCAACCCGGCGCUCAAUCAUCAGAGCGCCGCAAAGGUACUCCGGUACUCUGCCCUCGGCCUCGGCCUCUUCUACGGCUUCACCCACCAGAGGAAAAUCACCUCUACCCAAAAGGCUGAGGCUGACCAGCGCGAAUACCAGCGCAAGGAGGCUUUGAUAAACAAGGCCAAGGCCGAGUACGCCAGGUCGAAAAGCCCUAUCUCCGCCACUACCGCUGGCGGCGACCCUGAUGACGAUUCUAAAAGCAAGCUCCCAUCUUUCACCCUCUACCUCGGCACCGCCCUCUUCAAGGUGAUCGAGGCUCGUCAUGGUAUCCAGGCCCGUGACCUCCGGUGCCAGCACCCCCUCCUGCGCAUCACCAUUCUAGCUACCGAGAGCCCGAAAUGCCAGAUUCGAUCCAAUAAAAGGACCAAAAAAAUGCAAACCCACAGGGACGAGAUCGUCGCGAAGAGGGCGCGGCUUGCAGAGCUCAAACAGCAGAGGGCUCUCCGGGCUGCCCAGGUUGGCAGUAGACCAUCCCUCAGCGCUGCGACAGAUAUCAUAUCCCCCACUCCUAGCCGUACCGAGGACCGCCUCUCGAUCGAGCAUCUCAUCGACAAACUCGAGGUCUUCUCAUACAACAAAGGCGUGCAAACAACGGAAGACUGGACGCCGCCCGCCCGUGCGAGAGCCCAGUCGAUCUCGGACACUGAGGACAUGGGUGUAAUGGCAACGCCAAGCAAGCGGCCAAGCAGGAGAGAGCGGGACCGAGAGGAAGAGAUCCGGCAAAGUAUCCGAAAGGAGGUUGAAGAGGAGCUCAAGGCUACCAAGGAACUCAUGUCGGAAGGGAUACUUCAAGCUACGAAUGCGAACACGACGAGCAACUUUCCGCUCAGACAACUGACGCAGGAGGAACUAAGGGCAGUCAUGUCCUCGGAGGAGCUAACCGAGUUCAUUGACAAAUCGUCCAAGGUUAUCGAGCGAGCCCUGGACCAGGAGUACGACAUCUUGAUCAACUAUGCGCAAACGGGCCUUGACGUCGACGAAGAAGAUGACGAAACUGGAAAUACGGGUGGUAAAGGGAAACGCAGGGUCAAGGAGGUCAUUCAAUACUUUAACGAGCGCUGGUCGAAUAAGCGAAUGAUCAGUAGUGUCGAAUUCUCCCCCAAGUUCCCAGAACUCCUCCUCGCCUCCUACACCAACAACCCAGCGGCGCCGCACGAACCGGACGGUAUCGUGCAAGUAUGGAACCAGCACAUGCACGACCGGGCCGAGUUCGUCUUCCACGCGCAAUCGGACGUCCUAACGGCCAGGUUCUCGCCCUUCCACCAAAACCUUAUCAUUGGCGGAACGUACAGCGGGCAGGUCCUUCUCUGGGACACGCGAGCGAAAUCGGCGCCGGUACAAAAGACGCCGGUGACGGGCUACGGACACACUCAUCCCGUCUACUCGGUCGGCAUCGUGGGCACGCAAAAUGCCAACAACAUUAUAUCUUGCUCUACGGAUGGUGUGGUAUGCGCCUGGAGCAUGGACGUCUUUGCUCAGCCGCAGGAGAUGCUCGAGCUCAAGGCACCGGCGCCAGCCAAAAUUGAGGACGUUAGCCCCACGUGCUUCGCUUUCCCCGAUGGCGAUCCCACCUUCUUCCUGGCAGGAACCGAGGAGGGCACAAUCUACCCAUGUCACCGAUACAACCGCGCGGGCGCUAAGGCAGGCAUCGACUCGGACUUUAGCUACAAGGGCCACACGGCCCCCGUCAUGUCGGUCGACUUUCAUCCAGCGCGUGGGCCGGUGGACCUCGGGGAUUUCGUGCUCUCGUCCUCACUCGAUUGGAGCGUGAAGUUGUGGAAGGUGCGAGCCCCGGCGGCCACGUCGACCGCAGGGACGGCGGAAGGUCAUAUGACGCCCCUCCUAGACUUUGUCCGUGAAGACGUCGUGUACGAUGCGAAAUGGUCGCCCAUCAAGCCCGGGGUGUUUGCACUCGUAGACGGGGCGGGAUGGCUCGAGUUUUGGGAUAUCACGGUGGAGACGGAGGAGCCCGUCACACGAAUCUCGCCCAGCGCGCGCAAGGGGCUCGGACCAUGUGGCAAGGAGGAUCUGAAGGCGGAGGAGUGGACAAAUGUGAAGAAACUCGCCAACCGCGUAGAGGCAGCUGGUCCAGGCGAAGUCUUUUUGCUUUCCUAG